AUGCCCAAGGCCCCAAAAUCGCCUGGCGCGCGCGAUCAGCGUCAUAACCCUCUGGCAGAGGAAUAUGCGCCCUCGGAUCCUUUCAAAAGCAAACCUGCGAAGCGACAGAAGCGCAACAAGGAAGACAAAUCUGAGGAACAGAAUUUUGUCGAUUCAAAGAGCUCGCGCAAGAUCCUAGACAUUGGCCGAGAACUGGAAGAAGAGGAUGAGAGGGAGAAUCAGAGCAGGCGACCAAAGGAGCCCAAUGCUGCCUUUGAUUUCGAGUCACGCAUGGGCGAGGAUGAUGUGGCCGGAGAAGAGAUGGAGCGAUUGGAAGAUGACGAGGAGGGGUGGGGUGAAGACGACGAGGAAGUUGAGGAAGUUGAGAUCGAUGCGAAUGACCUCGAAGCAUGGAACAAAUUCAUCCCCACAGACGACAACCCCAUAGUCUGGCCGGGCGAGGAAGCACAACCACAAGGUCCUGGCACAGAUCUAGCUGCCCUCAUCCUCGAGAAGAUUGCUGCACACGAGGCCGGAGGUGGCCAAGUACAACAUCCAGAGAUUCAAGGCGGUGGUGCUCCAGAGGAUGCGAUAGAGCUGCCUGCAAAGGUGGUUGAAGUCUACUCAAAAGUUGGUCUCAUCAUGAGCCGCUACAAAUCCGGCAAACUCCCCAAGCCCUUCAAGAUCCUCCCCACCCUCCCAGCCUGGGAGACUCUCAUCGCGAUCACACACCCAGAGAACUGGACUCCAAAUGCCAUGUUCGCCGCAACACGCAUCUUCAUCUCUGGGAAACCACAGACGGCGCAAAUCUUCCUCAACACCAUUUUACUACCCUGCGUGCAAGAAAAUAUCCAAGAUACCCACAAGUUAAACGUACACUUGUACAACGCACUGAAAAAGGCCCUCUAUAAGCCCAGCGCCUUCUUCAAGGGUGUUGUGUUCCCCAUGCUAACAGAAGGAUCAUGUACGCAACGCGAUGCCGUGAUCGUCGCGUCUGUCGUAGCCAAAGUCUCGGUCCCAGUCCUGCACUCCGCCGCCGCCCUGCACCGUCUCUGUGAAAUCGCAGCCGAGCAAAUGUCUUCUGACCCCGACGCCGCAGGGCCCUGCAAUAUCUUCAUCAAGACACUGCUCGAGAAGAAGUACGCACUCCCGUACAAAGUCAUUGAUGCACUAGUCUUCCACUUUUUGCGCUUCAGGGCCGUAGGCACAGGACAGGAUGCCAUGGAUAUGGAUGGUGCGGGUGCGGGGGAUCUAGCACAUGCGGGGAAGUUACCGGUGAUUUGGCAUCAGUGUCUUUUGGCGUUUGCGCAGAGGUAUAGGAAUGACAUCACGGAGGAUCAGAGGGAGGCCCUUCUCGACCUUCUCUUGACAAGAGGACAUAAGAGCAUCAGCCCCGAGGUGAGGAGAGAGUUGCUAGAGGGAAGGGGGAGGGGCGUUAUGAUUGAGCCGUCUGCUGUGGGGAUGGAUGGUGAUGAUACCAUGAUCAUGGCCGUGGAUGGAUAG